AUGGUCAGACCCAGCAGCGCCUCCAACAGAUGCUCUACUGUACCAUGCGGAGUUGAAAACCCCAACGCCGUUAACUCCGGAGUCCGGAGCUCGGCGUUUCGCCCAUCGCCGAUCCGCCCGAUCCGCCUCAUCACCGAUCCAGCAGCGCCUCCAGUCGGAGCUCGGCAUGGCGGAGAGAGCAAGCAGCAGUCGAACAUUAUACUGUUCAUCGACGACUUUUCCUGCAGCGCCUCAAGGAUAAUCGCAGGCGAUCUGCGUCUGCGCGGCGCCAGCUCCGUGCCGGCGAACGGCGACGUUGUGGCGUCCCUCUGUGUGCUCUGCGUCUGCGCGGCGCAACCUCUCCCCACCGUCCCGGCGACCGUCGUCAUCUGCAGUUCACCCUCUGUGUCUGCGCGGCGCCGGCUCUGUCACCACAAGCCCGGCGACCGGCGUCCUCUGAAGCAGUCAACCCACAGGCGGUUGCUGCGUUUCUGGUGGCCAAAUUCUGGUGGCCGGAUUCGACAGCGUUUCUGGUGGACCGAUCUGGUGGCUGCUGUCUCCGUGGGGUCUCCAACCUCCACAAACCAGGUCCCAAAAACAGCACACCAGCUGUUUGACAAAAAGCACCAAAGACCGAUUUUGGCUCUCCCUUGUUUAGCUGCUGUCUGUUUGCUUUUUCCGGCGCCUGCUGCAGGAGUUUUUUGGUUCCACAUGACUUCUCUGGGAGGUCUGAAUCUCCCAAUAGUUUCGAACAAUUUUGCCUGCAAUAAUUCCCCGAUGAACGACUACACAAAGACUGGUGCGGGCUCGGCUGGCGGUAACGGAGCAGAUUCUGCUUUUGUGGAGGAACGAGAAGUUGCUAUACCCAAUGCCACAGCUAUCUCAAACCCUAAUGAUUCGGAUGUGGGGGCUGAAAAAAUGCCCAACUCCAAAUCGUAUGAUGAUAUCACGAUGAACAGGCCACCGAGACGUCCCGACCUAGCUGCUCAUUGGUUUUACUCAUUACGUCCCACCAAAGAGGGAGAGCAGUUUUCCUUAAAAGUUCCACAGCACCUAUAUGCGCAAGAAGUCAGUAAGGAAUUCUCUCAUGCUAUUAUUGGUCGUCUUCUCCUUCGUAAAGGAGACAAACCUCAACCUGCAUUGCUUCUCAAGGCAGAACUUCACAAAAUUUGGAAAUUAGAAUCUGAGUGGCAACUUAUUCCUCUUGGGAAAGGGUAUUAUACGCUGGCUUUCCGGACUCCUGAAGACAAAACUCGUGCUAAAGCCAAGCCGGUCUGGGAAUUAUCUUGUGGUCAUGUACGUCUUCGAGAAUGGUCCAAACACUUUGAUCCAUUUAAAGAGCAUUCUUCCAUGGCGAAUGUAUGGGUGAGGAUACAUUAUUUGCCAAUUGAGUAUUGGCAUCCUGAGAUUCUAGCCGGGAUUGGGCGGUACAUUGGUCAUCCUAUUAAAAUUGAUGGAGCCUCGGCUCGUCGUGAUUUUGGGCAGUUCGCGCGCCUUCUUAUUGAGUUAGAUAUGUCCAAAUCCUUUCCUACUACCCUCUUAAUUGAUAACGAUACUUUUUCGUUCUAUGUUGAAUUCACGUAUGAGAAUUUACCUUUCUAUUGCUCAAAAUGUAAACUUACAGGACAUCCCACCGAAAAGUGUCGGAAAAUUUUGGUUAAGAAGGUUGUGGAAGAGGAUGUUCAAGAUAGAAGUCAACAGCCUUUGGUUAAAAAUGGGAAACAGUGGCAACCCAUCUCUGGUGAUGCAAGAGAUGAGAGAGAACAUGAGCAGGAGACAGCAAAGGGAGAUAGGCCGGUUGAGGUGGGUUCGAGACGCGAAGGCAUACAGGUUUCCCCAGCUCGUUUGGACCCGGAAUGUUACUCACUUCAGAAAAAUGAUCACCAGAAACAGUUAGGCUUGCCGGUUUCGGCGUCGAACAACAGUUUUGCCCUGUUGGAUAACGAAGGCACUGAAUUGCUUGAAGAACCGGAGCAGCAGCGGCGGCCAGUCAACAUUUCUGCGAUCCAUGAUGGCCAUAUCUCGGAGGAGGUUUCGGAUGAGGAUGAAGAAGUGAACUAUGACAGCAGUGGGAAGUACGUUUCCACAACGGAUGAUAUUGCUGUUAAUAAUGCCUUGAAAGCUCAAAGACUUGAGCAGAUUUUGGCGAUAGCUAAAGCGCCCAUGCCAGAAACAGUUGCUCCUGCUAAGCGACGAGGAAGACCAUCCAAACAGGAGCAAGCUGCUAGGGCAGCGGAGAACACAGCGAAUAGGCCAGCGGACACAAGCAUUAAAAGUAGACUUCGUAACACGGGUGAUACGUCGCGUACUUUUGUGAUUGAUAAAAGUAAUAGAGACAGCGCUCUAGCCAUGGAGAGCGUCGCCAAAGAGAGCUGGGCGGAAGAGGUUGAAAGAAGCGGAGCUGCCUCCGCUAACAUAAAUCAAUUCUGAUGAAUAUUAUUGCAUGGAAUGUCCGUGGUUUGACGGAUGAAUCCAAACGUCUGCUGAAGGAGCAUUGUAACUCUUUUAGCCCGGUGGUGUUGGGCAUUCUUGAACCGAAACGGGCGUUUCGGAAAGUUAGACAGAGUUACUGGCAUUCGUUGAAUCUUGUCCCGGUGCAUCAAAACUGCCGGUCUCCUCGCUGUUCGAAUAUUUGGGUUUUUGUUCACUCUUCUGUUGUUACUAAUGUUUUGUUCUCUUCUGAUCAGGUGGUUGUGGUGGACUGCCUGUGGCAUAGUUAUGAUUUUCGUAUUGCUUUUGUUCAUGGUUCGAAUGACCAAAAUGACCGCCGUGAUCUCUGGCAUGAUCUUCUUCGUUUCGUCUCUGGAAAAAUGGUUUUCAUGGGCGAUUUUAAUGCGGUGAAAGGUGCUCAUGAGCGUCUGAGUUUAGCUUCGCCACAUAGAGGUUCUUGUGAGGAGUUUUGUGAUUUUAUUGAUGACUCUGGCUUUAUUGAAUCCCCUACGGAGGGGCUUCGUUUCACUUGGUCGGGACGUAGAUUUUUACCACACCAUGUGGAAUCUGUUUUAGAUCGUGCUUUGUUUUCGCAGGAUUUUGCUGAUCUCUGGUCGUCGUUGGUUACUACUGUCCUGCCUCGCCUCACUUCGGAUCACUCUCCGUUGGUGUUGCAAUGCAAAUUGACAAACCCUACUGGUCGUAGGCCUUUCCGUUUUCUUAAUAUGUGGACCUUGCAUCCGACCUUUCAGGAGAUGGUGGCGACAUCUUGGAGGGAGACUGUCAGCACACGCUGCCCUAUUUUAUGUGUUAUGUUGAAAUUGAAAAGGCUUCGUAAGGAGAUUGGGGUUUGGAAUAAAGAGGUUUUUGGCAAUGUGGAUUCCUCCAUUUCUUCUCUCAUGAAACAGCUUGAGACUACUCAGGGGAAGAUUUCUGCUUCUGGAUACACGAACGAUCUCUUUGAUGAGGAGGUUAGUCUUCAGGCAAAGCUAAAUGUAUCUUUGACA